AUGGCCAUGGUGCUGGACGCCUUCGCGUCCUACAUCGCCGACACGAUCAAGCAGAUGGCGAAGGACGAGGUGGGGAUGCUGCUCGGCGUCACCGGGGAGAUCGACAGCCUGAAGGACAAGCUGGAGAGCCUGAGGGACUACCUCGCCGACGCCGAGAGGAAGCGCAUCACCGACCACAGGGUGCAGGGGUGGGUCACAAAGCUCAAGGGUGUCAUGUACGAGGCGACCAACAUCCUCGACCUCUGCGAGCUCAAGGCCAUGGGUCGGCGGGAUGCAGCACCCUCACCCUGCUGCAACCCGCUGCUCUUCUGCUUGCGGCAUCCCAUGUUCGCCCAUGAUAUUGGCAGCCGCAUCAGGAAGCUCAACAAGAGGCUGGACGACAUCUGCAAGCUGGGUGCUGCCUUCAGCUUCAUCAAGCUGGAGACAUACCAGGACUACAGGACCGGACGACCUUCUGCUGCUGACCGGAAGACGGAUCCGGUGUUGGAGCGCUCGGCCGUGGUAGGGGAGAAGAUUGAAGAGGAUACAAAAGCACUGGUGGGGAAGCUGACAAAGGACAAUGAUGGCAUCAUGGUGCUAGCCAUCGUGGGUGUCGGUGGGAUCGGGAAGACCACCCUUGCCAGGAAGAUCUUCAACCAUGAGGACAUUCAACACAAGUUCCAAAAGAAGAUGUGGUUGAGCGUCACACAAGACUUCAGCAAGGUUGAGCUACUAAGGUUGGCCAUCACCGCCGCCGAUGGAAAACUCCCUGUGACUCAAGACAUAUCUAUGCUUGUCCCGGCCCUUCUCAACGCCGUCAGAAAUCAGAAAUUUCUUAUAGUUUUGGAUGACAUGUGGAGUGAUAGAGCAUGGACCUCAUUACUCAAUGCUCCCUUCAGCCACGAUGCCCCUGGUAGCCGGAUUGUCAUCACCACGAGAAAUGACACGGUUGCCCGAGGCAUGAGAGCCAGAGAGCCCUACCACCGCAUUGACAAAUUAGGGCCCGAGGAUGCCUGGUCAUUGCUCAGGAAACAGGUAGUCUCGGGCGAUGAAGAUGGACCUGACAUCGAUAUGCUUAAGGAUAUUGGACUGCAAGUGAUUGAAAAAUGUGAUGGUUUGCCUCUUGCUGUCAAAGUAAUGGGAGGACUUUUGCGUCAGAAAGGGAAGCAACGCCAUGACUGGGAGAUGGUUCUGAAUGAUUCUAUUUGGUCAGUAUCUGAAAUGCCCGAAGAACUUAACUAUGCAGUAUAUUUAAGCUAUGAAGAUUUGCCUCCUUGCAUCAAGCAGUGCUUUCUACACUACUCCCUUUUCCCUAAAGGUGGACUUUUCCAGCGUGCUGAAAUUAUUGGCAUGUGGAUUAGUGAAGGAUUUAUUCACGGAAGCUCAGACGACGACUUGGAAGAAUUAGGAAUAAAGUACUAUAUUGAGCUGAUACUUAGGAACCUUAUUGAGCCAGGGAUACAGUAUAUUGAUCACCCAGUUUUCAAUAUGCAUGAUAUUGUUCGCUCAUUUGCUCAAUUUGUGGCUAGAGAUGAGGCAGUAGCUGUUCAGAGUGGAGAAAAUGAUAAUAUUAGUGAACUCACUGAACAAAAGUUUCUGCACUUAUCUAUAGAAAGCAAAGUUUCAAAAUCAGAAGGGUUGGACUGGAGUUCUUUAGAAGCGCAAAAGGCAUUGAGAACAUUAAUAUGUGUCGGCCAUGUAAACAUUAAGCCUGGUGAUUCUUUGGUUGAUUUUCCAUCACUGCGGAUUCUGAUUCUACACAUGGAUUCUGCAAAUGUCGCUCUACUGGUUGAAUCUUUACAUGAACUAAAGCACUUGAGGUACUUGUCCAUACGGAAUUCUGAUAUGUCUUGUCUGCCAGAGAACAUUGGGAAGAUGAAAUUCUUGCAGUACAUCAGCCUUAGAGGAAGCCAACAAUUUGUGAAACUUCCACAUAGCAUUGUAAAUUUGGGGAAGUUAUGGUCUCUUGACUUCCAUGGAACUAGUAUAAGAGAUAUACCUAGGGGGUUCUGUACUUUAAAAAAUUUGAGGAGACUUUAUGGGUUUCCAGUUCAGGUGGAUGGUGAUUGGUGUAGUUUAGAAGAGUUGGGCUCCCUUUGCCAGCUCAGGGAUCUUUCUCUGAAUGGACUGCAGAAUGCGUCUGCUACAUCGUCUGCCUCAAAGGCAAGGCUUAGUGAGAAGGUGCAUCUUACCAACUUGUAUUUACAGUGCAGUAGUAUACUUUGGGUUGAUGGGCUGAUUAAAGAUGAAGAAGGUGUCUCUGAGCAACAACAAAUCAAGGAGGUGUUUGAUGAGUUGUUCCCUCCACCUAGCGUUGAUACGCUUGCUAUCAGAGGAUAUUUUGGCCAACAACUCCCAAGGUGGAUGACGUUAACAUUACCAUCAUCCCUCCAGAGCUUAAGGAAUCUAGCGAUUGAUGACCUGGGUUGCUGCACACAACUUCCUGAUGGCUUGUGCCUACUCCCCUAUUUGGAGAAAUUCAGAAUCAGGCACGCUCCAUCCAUCAAGCGUGUUGGACCAGAAUUCCUCCAGCCCUACCAUCACCAUGGCGCUCACCCUUUCCAGGCGGGACAUGCCUUUCCGAGAUUACACAUGUUGGCCUUAGAGGGAAUGCUUCAGUGGGAGGAGUGGGUGUGGGAGGAGCAAGUGCAAGCCUUCCCUGUUUUGGAGGAGCUUUUCAUCCAAAAGUGCAAACUGAGGCUUGUUCCUCCUGGCCUUGCCUCAAAUGCAAGGGCUUUAAAAAAAAUAACUAUAUCUUUGGUACAACAACUCAAAUUGCUGGAGAAUUUUGCUUCAGUUACUGAGCUUGAAGUAAAUUACAACCCCGACCUGGAGAGGAUCACUAAUCUCCCCAAUCUUCAGAAGCUUACCAUCAUCAAGUGCCCAAAGCUGAAUGUGUUAGAGGGUGUUCCUGCACUCCAGAUUCUUGACCUAGAGGAUUACGCCAUGGAAGAACUUCCAGAAUACAUGCGAGGUAUAAGGCCAAGACAUUUGCUGGUAGACUGCAAUCUAUGUCUGCUCACAUCAGUAGCCGCGGGACAAUCUGGCACCGAGUGGGACAAGUUCAGCCAUGUCGAACAUGUCAAGGCAUAUUCACAUGAUGGAAACAAAGCCAGAAAACUUUAUGUGUUGUACACAAGGGAUCCCUGCGGCUUGGAGACAAAUAUUAUCCACUCGUUGGUAUCUGCAGGAACCUUAUCAUCUUCUAUGAUGGACGCACAAGGAUUUGAGUCUGUAUUCAAGAUGAGAAGAAGUACCUUCAACUAUGUCUACGGCUGGGUGUAUGUGUCAUCUUUAGAAGAUAUGAGCAGCUCCACCUUUGCUGAUGGCAGGGUGCUGUCUCUACAAGAUCGAGUAGCCCUUGCUCUGUUAGUGCUGAACUCUAGUGAGCCUCUGGAGACAAUAGGGUCCUCUGUUGGUGUGAACGGAUCAACCGUCUCACUGGUAACUGAUAGCUUUGUUGAUGAUAUGGCGGUGAAAGCACAAAGCUACUUGCGCUGGCCAUACCCCAAUGAAAUGGAGAAGACCAAAUCCAAGUUUCAUAAGAUCCAUGGUCUUCCAAACUGCUGCGGUGUUGUACAUUCAGUUCACAUCACACCGCAAGAUGAUGAGACAGGUUACAGCCUUGUACUGCAAGCCGUCGUUGAUCCAGAUUUGAGGUUCAUUCAUGGUCAAUGGAAAUGGUCAAAUAGCAGGAUCGAGCAUGGUAUUAUUCUGCACGACUCUGAUCUCUUCCAGUUCUGCGAGGAGGGCGAGUGGUUGAACGGCAACAAGCUCAAGGUAUCUUUAGAUGGAUCAGACGUUGGGGAAUAUGUAAUUGGCGGUGCAGAAUACCCCCUUCUCCCCUGGCUCCUGACACCUUAUAACCAGCUGGAAAAGGAGGACCUCCCAAACUUUCCUGAUCAAGCCGAGUUCAACAGGAGGCACUCUGCAGCCCGAACCGUCACACUGAAGGCGCUGGCAAGGUUUCAAGACACAUAUAAGUGGUUGCACAGAGGGACGUGGCACCCGAAAAACCCAGAUAAGGCAAUCUUGGCGUGCUUGAUGUUGCAUAACAUAGUGAUAGACUUGGAGGAAGGUGAAGGUGCACCGUUCAGUCAAGAGCCGGAUUACAGCCAGCAAGUGCGCAAGGUCAAGCAAGUGCGCAAGGUAGCAGACGAGGACGCUACCAGAGCGAGGGAUAUACUGGCCCGGUACUGCUUGACUAGCAUGCCGUCGCAAUCCGGAGAUGCAGAGAAGGGGCAGGAAGUAGCUUCCGGCUCUGGGGGUAACUAA